AAUAAGGAUUAAUUUCAAAAUUUUUGAGGGAUCAGCGAUCAAGAUUUGCCACUAUUCUUAGUUAAGAACCUACCCUGGAGCCGGUUUUCGGUGCACAUAAGAAAACAAUAUAAUUAAACAACCACUUGUAUCCACUUAACAAUGUCAGCUCCUUCCAUUUUGCAGCUAGAUAAUAACUCUGAUAAAAAUUUAAACAGCCUUGAAUGAAAACUGAUUUCCUGAUAGAAUGAUUUUUUAAAGUACCAAACCGCCUUGUUAAUGGACUAACCUUGCCAUUUAGAAACGACUUUUAGCUGUUCAAAUUUCCUUAUUUAUAGGCGGACUGUGGGGCCUGGUGAACAAUGCAGGAAUCGCGUAUGCGAUGCCGAUCGAUUGGGCGUCGAUGAGUAUAUUCAAACGCACAGCUGAUGUUAAUCUGUGGGGAGUGAUUGAAGUGACCAAAACAUUUCUUCCUCUUAUCAAGAAAGUCCAGGGACGAGUUGUAAACUUUUCAAGUGUUUGUGGUAAGGAAUUUACGCAAUAGCCGCUGACUAAUCUUCAUGCCGCGUUUAUGGCUAGGUAUUUGGCACCAAUUUCGUGUCGAGAAAGCGCCUUUGUCACGAUACUGUUAAUGAAGUACCCUCAUUUCCAUAGGAUUAUCCUAGUCACGUGAAGUUCUCUGCUCGGAGGAUUGCUUCUCCCUCCUCCCGCCCCCUACCCCACUCAUCAUUCCUCCAACUCUCCAGUGAGGAGACACGGCGUCGAAAAAACAUGGAUUAGAGCAACCAUUUUUUCGUACACCUCACAACAUUUGCAUCUCACUGAAACGCAAACGCAUAACGGAACACAGCUCGUUCUUUUUAACUCUGAAUAAAUUUUCCGCAAUCCUGCAUCUCACUCCUUUUAACUAUCGCUAAUAUUUUCAUUGUCAUUUAAUGACUUUAAACUGGAGAUUGGUCCAUAGUUUCCGCCCAAUCAAUAAGCGCGGUUACUUCAUAUCCUGCCAGUAACUCUUGAGCUCGUGACUUGAUUAUUUUGCUAAUUAAACCGAUAUUGCUUAGCUCACUUAUUUUGGCUCAGUAAACUAACACAGAAGCACAGCUGGAAGCAGAGAACGGAAUCUCUUAUGAGUAAGCUCAGUUAGUCUCCCUCUAAGUUCUCAAUAAUCAUUUCCGAUACUUUUGAUACAUACAGGUCGUCUCUCUUUCUCCUUAUACUCACACUACAGUGUAGCUAAGUAUGGCGUGGAGGCCUUUUCGGACGCAUUAAGGCGAGAAAUGUAUCCCUGGGGCGUGAAAGUAAGUAUUUUGGAACCAGGUGCAUUUCAUACCAACAUACGCUCCAACCUUGGAAAAAACUUUAAAGACCGCUGGGAAGCCCUUGAUGACCAUAUAAAGGAAGAAUACGGAGAGGAAUACUUGAAUGGAGGUAUAAUAGUGUCAUUGUACUUUGCAAUCCUUUUUCAUAAACCAGGUUGAUAAGUAGACGAUCUGUUCUGUACAGUUCCAACGCUCUCUCUUCAAUGAUAAAGGCACUUUUUUAACAGACUCCGUCUAUUACUCAAACUAUAUAUAAAAAUAACUGAGAUACAUUGUUCUUCAUAUCAUUGCCAAUAAGUUAUGUCAUCACAUCUUUCACAUGAUAUCAUAAAAAAAUGUUUGCUUCUGUACAGAGAAAAAUUUUAACACUGUUUUCUAGGAGGGCUGGUAAUAAGAUAAACAGAUUUAGGCUGGAAAAUCAAUUUUUCGAAGGCAGGUAUCGUGUGACCUUGCCUUUAUAGGGGAGAGGUGGGCCAUGUCAUUUUUUUGCCUAAAUAAUAUGAGGGUGAGUAACAUAGAACUAGGGAACCUUGGCAUAAAAAUAAUAAACCGCAACUCCCCCUUCCCUCCUCCCCCCCUCCGUAAUAAAUAACUAGUCCCUAUCAUGUUCUUUUUUUCUUUAAGUUUUUAACAGCUUUAAAGAGGUUCCUCGAUCUGAACGCCUGGAUCAAGUUGUGAAUGCUGUCGUGGAAGCUCUGACGUCACAAGCACCACGUGAUCGUUACCCUGUUGGUCUGGAUUGCCGGCUGAUAAUAACAAUGGGGUCCUGGUUACCAACCUCUGCUAUGGAUUAUAUUGUUCACACCUGGUUAAGAAUACCAACACCAAAAAUAGGUCAAAAAGGCUAGCUGUGUUAAAGGGGUGUCACGACCUGCGCAUGUGCAGGAUUUGAGGCUGUUCUGUUGUUAUUCUCAACUGUCCGCCAUAUUGGAUUUUGGAAAACCUGACAGAUUUUUGGAAUCAAGCAACGCACAGUCCAAUUUUGUCUGAUUUUUUGUUAGUGUAGCGGAAUUUGUUUUUAAUUUUACAUGGCAAAAACGUUGACAGCGAAAAAUACUCUCGGAUGGCUAAGAUUCACGACGAUGAAAUCGCUACAGAGUUCGUCCCGCGAAACUUGAAAAAGUUGGGCCAACCUUUUCAAGUUGAGUCGUUGCUGACGCGCAUGCGCAGUUUCGUGACAUGGCCUCUUAAAAGCCGGCGCAGAUGUUUUAAUAUUUUAAACUGAUUUAGAGUGAAAUGAAGUCAAUCGACAAGCUGAGGGGGUGUUUAAAUGACAACAGGGCGACUUGAGCGCCGGAGCGAGUUCACUCCGGUUCCUCUCAUGGCUCUACAUUUGAUACCACCACGAAAUGUCAUACCGGCGCGAGUCACCCCGGCGUGAGCGCACUUCGGUUGUUGUACUGGGGCGAGAAAUUCACUCCGGUACGAAAUCUCACAACAGUAUCAUGUAAACGUGAAACGACCACGCGUUUCAGUGUGAACUCGGUCUGCCGGUAGACUGGAACGGGUAGUACGUGCGUAACGUUUGCAAUUUUGAAUCACAAGUGUAUUUUACCAAGAUGAAGUGUACCUUCAAGUAGCGAGUUAUGAAAUGACCCAGUCAUCAUAUAAACGCGAUACAAAAUCAAAAAGUCAUCCCGGGCGGUAUGAAACUCGCGCCGGUGCGAGUUUUCUCAUGUAAACACCCUCGACACCCUCUGACAGUUUCGAGGUUUGAAGGAAAUGAUAAAAAGCAUGUGAUCGCCUCGUGCCACAGGUAGCCCAAGCUGGAAAUAUGAACAUCGGCGAUGGAGCAUCGGCAUUGUUGCGUAACAUUCGAAAUAUAACGAUUUGUAUGGGGAAAAAACCUAUUAUUUCUGUAACCUACGAAAAUGAAAGGAUUUCAAUAAAAAACAGCUUACCUUGCAUAAAAUGUGUUUUACGUUUCUCCCGUGUGGUCCAUGGGAAAAUUUAUGCUGUAAACGGCUUGCUCUCUCUAUACAGGAGCCCAUAACCCGGAGCGUGCAACUGUCACGGCGUUUUCACGGACCAGCCUAUUUUUAGAACGGUUUUGGAACAAAUUUGGAAUAUCUUUUAAAUUCCACAAACCAGUCAGCAAGACCUACGGACCUAAAAAUGAUAUUUUUUGCCUUAAAUAACGUUUAGUUUUCCUUUUUAUAUCUUAUACUUCGAACGCGCUAAUAGACAUGGUGGAGAUUCUAUUUUCGCGGGAAAAGGUGCCCUAAAAUGUGUCUAAAAAUAAACUGGUAAAAACGCCGUGACAUAGGCCAAGUAUGGGAGUUGCUCGCUCCGGGUUAUGGGCUCCUGCUCUAUAUAAAGUUUACCAAGGUUGGGGACUCCAGCGAAGAGACCCGAUGGAUCCACCGGAGGAAAACGGCCGUAAAUUCACCCCAACGCCUCCGAUCGCCUCCAAACUCCGCCUAGGUAACACACGAUAGUUCUGCUUUCCAUUCGUGAUCUUGCUGCAAGACGCAUUUGCACCGAGAGGAAAUCAUAGCUCGCCAAUCAGUUCUGUAGUCUGGGACCAAGCUCCGCAUUGGGGGAAAGAGGAGAACAAAAUCGACGAGCGAAGCGAGCCGAGAGGUAGUCUUGGGAGGGGAAAGGGUGGCGCCCUUUCCCCCUCCCCAAUCCACUCUCGGCUAACUUCGCUCGCGGACAUUUUUCCUAUUUGACCCCGUUUUUGCCUUUUUCCCCCUCUGCGGAGCAUGGUCCCAGGCUACAAUUUCUGCAACUUUUCCCGUCUAAAGCCAUCGACAGUACCUUGGUUUGAACUCCGCGUUACCGUUGAAACAUAGCGACACGGCCUGAGACUCAAAUUACUCACACUCGGGGUGGGAGAGAGUCUCUUGCUCGAGUUGACAUCAAUGCCCUUGAGAAAGAAAACAACGGGAGCAAGAGACCAUCUCCCACCCCGAGUGAGAGUAAGUUGAGUCUCAGGCCGUGUCGCUACAUUUCAAAGGUAACGUCAACAUUAUGGAUGCCGCUGAAACCUCGCCAUUAAGGUGGACUUUACUGCCUUUGAUUGGCAUUUUCACUCUUUUGAUAUUUUGUUUUUUAAAAUCAAAAGCAAAACUUGACAUCAAAGGAAAGUAUGUUCUCAUUACGGGUUGCGACUCUGGAUUCGGUCGUGCUACAGCCAUAUCACUUGACAAGAUGGGAGUUUGCGUGUUGGCGACUUGUUUGACAAAAGGAGGUGAACAGAGUUUAAAGUCAGUGACGAGCGAUAAACUCAAAACAUUUCAGUUGGAUGUGACAAACUCAGAGCAGACCAAAGAAGUUUAUUAUAAGGUCACUGAGUUGAUCAAACGUGAUGGAGGUGCGUAAGUAACGUAGUAUCUAAACAAAGUGAGUCGACACUUUUGCUGAAUACGAUCAAUGAUUGUCAUGAUAACAUUCGCUCGCUAUAAGGAUUAGCCACGUCAGUGCCCUAUCUUGUUUUCCUGCUUUGCAAAAACUGCUUUAUGUCAGUUUCUAUUUUCCUAAAACAUUCCUAAAGAAUAAUGUGAUCGGAUCAGCUCUCUUUGGUGUCACGUUGUAGGUCACGGCUCCUUGACAUCUUGGAUUAUUAAGCAUUGUUAUCAACCCUUUCCAAAAUCCCACCCUGGUAUGGUAUUGUGAAAUGAUGGGUCUAAGAUCGGGACCAUUUAACCAGCCGACUAUUAUUGUGAUAAACAACAAAAAAAAGACUGCCCGCCUUAUAACCCGACCACUUUUUAUACAGUCGUUCAAAAUUUCUUCUUGAGCAGGUGGACUGUGGGGACUGGUGAAUAAUGCAGGAAUUGGAUACAUACUGCCGAUCGAUUGGGCGCCGAUGAGAAUAUUUAAACGCACAGCAGAUGUGAAUCUAUGGGGACUGAUUGAAAUGACCAAAACAUUUCUUCCACUUGUCAAGAUGGCCAGGGGACGAGUUGUGAACUUCGCAAGCAUUGGCGGUAAGCUAACUAAGGGAAACACACUAUGGUAUGUUCAUGGCUCCACAAUCCUGAAAUCAUCUUGAAAUCGUGAUACAUGACAUGUUUUCUUCAAAUAGGAUCUUUGAACACAAAUAUAAGUGCACAUACCACAAGACACUAGCUAAACAACAAUAGUUUCCACAACGCCAAUUCACGCAUUAUUGGUAAUCCCCUAAUAGAAUGACUAACAAUGGGCCCUUCAGCUUCGGUCACGUAUCCAAUUCCCGGGAUUUGCUUCCCAGUUUGCUGCACAUUUCUUCUUUAUUGAGUGGAUAUCUUUAGAAGCGGCCACGGGCGCCCUUUACAACUCUCGACUGCCUAAUGUAAAUAAUGUAUUUCAUCCUUUUUGAAUUUGGACGAGCAGGAGAGAAACCGGGUAACGAGGUUGGUCAGCUAUCAUCAUUAAUAAGGCGCUUUGACGCGAAGGUGAACAGAGCAUGCCCGCCUUCUCAAACACGUAGAUGACUCAUAUUAUAUGAUGAAUAAACGAAUACUGUGAGUGGAUAUGUCGACAUUUGUCCGGCAGCUCAGACACGUCAAAAAAGUUAUCUUCAUCUUAUCUUCCCUCCCCUCCUCCUCAACCACAUCGCACGUUCAGGCCCCGGUUGUUCAAACGUCAGAUAGCGCUAUCCACCGGAUAAAUCACUAUCCAGCGGAUAGCGUAAUUGAUUUUCGUAAUACUUAUCCGCUGGAUAGUGAUUUAUCCAGUGGAUAGCGCUAUCCAACGUUUGAACAACUGGGGCCAGAUCUUUUAGUAUUCAGUAGUUUACAUUGCAGCCAAUCACCAACUGACUCCUCCAGGUGCGUAGGUACAAUGAACUUCACAAGGCCAAAGUGACUCGUUUCUCCUUCAAUUAGGACUUUUCCGCAGAUCAGAAGGGCUGUCUGUAUAUAGUGUUUGUACUUUUGAUACAUGCAGGUCGUUUUUCUACGUCCUUAUUCUCCCACUAUGCUGUGACUAAGUAUGGCGUGGAGGCGUUUUCAGAUGCAUUAAGACGAGAAAUGUAUCCCUGGGGAGUGAAAGUGAGUAUCUUGGAACCAGGUGCAUUUCGAACCAACAUAAAUCAGCCAUCCAUUAUUGAAAAAAAUUUGAAAGAGGCCUGGGAAAACCUAGAUGAUCAGCUUAAAGAAGAGUACGGAGAGGAAUACUUAAAAGAAGGUAUAUUUUCAUUCUUAAUUUGUGCUUUUCCUAACAAAGACAGGUGAACUGAAGCUUGAUUAGCUUAGUGAAAAUCUGCUGUAAGAGAGGUGCACAUAGGACGGAGCUAAUAGACGCUUUUUUAGACAUUAAAAUAUAGUUGAUUAUCAAAUGAUCAAUGAACUGUGAAAGAACACUAACGAGGAACAGAAAAGGUGAACAGAAGGGGCGUAACAUGAGCAAAACUGAAAAGGAGCGGUGUGCAUUCUGGUAGGCAGAAAAACUGUAGACCGCAUUUUUUUCAAACUUGGUCUGAUGGACCAAGUCUUCCGUCUGUUUAGGCACACUGCCUACAAAGAAUGGAAUUUUUUCCAAAAAGCUAGUCUUAUUCGAAAAUAAUGCUAUAGUUUUCUUUCUUUUCGUCCUUACGAAGUAGACAGUUUUUCAAUUUUUUCAUCAGGUAACCCUUAUAGCGAAACUGACCUUUAUAGUUACGGGCCGGUAUCUAAUGACCGCUUCUAAAAUGACACUUGAUGCACAAAAUUUCUUUGUAAUGAGAUGCCAACAAUGCUUUUUUUUCUCCCCAAGUGAUUAAGCGCCUUACAGAGUUUCCUACAUCUGAUCGCCUGGAUGAAGUUGCGAAUACCGUGGUGACUGCUCUGACGUCACACGCACCACGUGAUCGUUACCCUGUUGGUUUAGAUGCUCGAAUGCUAAUGGCAAUGGUGUCCUGGUUACCAACCUUUGCUAUAGAUUUUAUUUUUCUCAGCUGGUUAAAAGUUCCAUUACCAAGAAUAGGUCGAAAGAGCUAGCCGUGGCGAAUCAACGAUAUUAGGGAUCUUACGUUCCGACAACGGCGACGUCCAUGAAAACGUCGCUGAAAAAUAGACUUUGCAUCCUUUUAAACUUUUGCGCGAUCAUCUCAAUUUGCCCUGUUACUUAAAAGAAGGGAAUUUUGGUUGGAGCUGAAGAGAGGGGACCGCGCCCGAGUUCAGACAGAGAUGGUAGAAUUUAUCCCCUUGCCGUUACCGUUCUCAGGUAAAAUUAAAAUUUGGCCAUUUCACGUCGUAGUUGUGCAGGGACAGCAAAGAAAUAAACAAAAAAGCGUGAUUCAAGUGCAGAGUUGUUGUUUUGCUCAUUAAAACUAUUGCUUUUUUGACGUUCUCCUUGCCGUCGCCGUCAUAGUUUCGUAAGUCCUUAUUAGGGACCUUAAAAACGAGAACGUUGACUUCCCGGACGUCUAAAAUGGCAACCGGAAGUUGAUAUUUUCUCCCUUUCAUAGCCUGCAGUACAGCCGUUUUCUUCUCGCGCGUGAAUGUUUUUGCUCGCGAAAGCGCCAUGUUGAAACUCCAAAAUUGAGGAGGAAAUGGGGCGACUCAAAAGGGGCGGGGUCCUUGCAAGGGGGCUGUAAGCUGAGGUAUAUACGGCACUCUGUGAACGGUAUUGUUUUCCAGUAGUUUAGUCUGGGAAAGGGUGUAGAAAUCAGAGUGGUUCGGAGGAGUUUAUAACACAUGGGAGUUGCUCGCUCAGGACCGGUUAUGGGGUCCUGGCCAAAUUGAAACCUGUAGCCAUUUUUUUGUACAAGGCGUCAUGACUUUGAGCUUUAGUUAUUGAUUAUGGCGUAUCCCUAACAAUUUCUUUGUCACCGUUGGUAUUUCAAUAAAACACCUGAAAAAGGACUAACAGAAAUAAUGAAAAGCUGCUAAGCCCUUUUUUUUUAAAUAAGGAAAACAAUGGUACAACAACAAACAACAACAACAAGAUGCUCUAAGAAAAACAAUAAAAUGACAAGAGAACGAGAAGCACCUUUCAGAGAAAGCUUAUAAAUCCACAAAACUCAAUAAAUGAAACUAUCAUGCAAUGAUACGCUUUGAAAAGAAAGAAAAAACAUUCGCCCUUAUUCACACAAUACCAAUUAUAUUUUCCGAGCCUCAUUAUCGUCCUUUUGAUUUGACAAAUAACGGAGAAUCAAGCUCUACUAACACAGAUAUAGGAACCUCCAAUCAUAUCAUGCAAGGAGAACCAUAACCAAUGGGCUCCUGAUCAUGCAAUCGAGCGAGGAACGUCUUGCGUAUACUCGUCAAAGCCGGAAAAUCCCGGGGAAACUUUGGGAAAGGCUAGAACUAUUCAAGUUUGUGGAAGGCAUGAAUCGGUAUUGGGGUUAUAUGAAGGAAGAUCGUCGCAGUUAAUUAUAUAGACAACUUCUGCAGUUGCGAAAAGAAAGCCUGAAAAACGUCCAGGCUUGUACGGGAUUCGAACUCUUAUGAAUAUAUUUUCAUAUAUUCAUAACUUCAUGAAUCGGUAUUGUUGACGUUAAACUCCUUCACAAAUUCUAAGAUAACAGUGCAAACAAAAAAAUUCUUCAAAUCCAUUUAGGUCAUUUAGGCUUCUCAUAUUUUUCUUUCUUUCUCACUGAUUUAACAUUAAAACUAUGAAUACGUCCACACACUGUCGUAGUGAAAACCACACCCGAUUCAAGACCAAAAUGGGCAAAAUCUAUACCCGUUUUCAGACCAAAACGGCGCAAAACCAUACCCGAUGGGGUUGCACAUAGCUAUAUAGCUCAUAUAAGGUAGUACCCCCCCCCCCCGGAGUCGAUUACCAAACUCGAACGAUUGGAGUUCGAUUACCGGAAUUGGAUACGCCGGGCAUUCGUGCACUGCCCUCCAUAGCCUGUUCCAGGCGUUCAGAUAGUGGGGAGCGGUGCGAAGUAAAAAAAAGCGCGAAAAAAUAAAAGCGAGGGAGUGGGAGAGGUGAGAGAGGGAACUCGUUCCCGCACCUCUUUCCCCAAUCCCCCUCUACUUUUCAUCGCUUUCUUUACUUCACACCGCUCUCCACUAUCUGAACGCUUGGAACAGACUAUGCCCUCCACAAUGCUCCUUUGAUAUGAUAUUGAUACGAUUUUCUGCACGACUGACCUUUAGUUUAUCUUAUAUCAAAUUAUUACUAGACUUUAUACCGUAACGGUCGGUCGAAUCAAAAGCAUGGAUGCCGCAGAGAGCUCGAAAUUUAGUUGGCUUGUUUUGCCUGUAAUUGGCAUUUUCACUCUCUCGCUGUUUUAUUAUUUUAAGCCAAGAGCUAAACUUAACGUCAAGGGAAAAUAUGUUUUGAUUACCGGUUGCGACUCUGGGUUCGGUCGACUUACAGCCAUUGCUCUUGACAAGAUGGGAGUUUGUGUGUUGGCGACCUGCUUGACAAAAGAAGGAGAACAAAGUUUAAAAUCAGUGACGAGUGAUAAACUGAAAACAUUUCAGUUGGAUGUGACAAACUCAGAGCAAAUCAAAGACGUUUAUGAUAAAGUCAAGUACCUAGUGGAAAGCGAGACAGGUGAGCGAGGAACGCAGUGUCAGUCAGUUCACACAACAACUACUUUAUACACGACUGCAAUUACAUAUGAUCACUGUACAGAUUGUUUGAAAACUAAUUUUUUCAAGUAACCUUAACAUAAAAACUUUAAUGAAAGUCUCAUUUCGUAAGCUUUCCUGAAAAAUGUAUCCCAGGAAUCAUAUGCCAUAGCAUGUUGCACAUAAUAAUUUGUUCCUUGUCAUUGGGUGUCACGAAGACUCAGACUUCAGACCUCUAAAAACUCAAACCCCCGAAAAUGCAGACUCUUGGAUGUCGCGAAAACACAGACCCUCAAUUCAAUGUUUUCAAAGAUUAUAACUAACUAUAGACCGCGAGCAGUCUCUCUCUCUCUUUUCCUUUUGUUAUUUUUUGAGAUAGCAGAGCACGUGCAACUUGUAAUAACACAGCGAACCACACGUUCAAGCGAUAACUGAACAGACAUUUUUUAAAAUCUCUAUCAGGUGCCUCUAAGGUACACAACACAGGGCGUAAAAAUUACAAUAUUAUAACACAACUGACAGUCACUAGCCUGCGCAGAGAAUGCUUUUCAUCUGGGGGAUGACGCGUACGCGGCACGCAGAUGAGGCGCGCGAGGCUAGACGUUUACGUAACCACACACACGCACAUAAAAAUAUAAUAUAAGAGAACUUCCGUGCUUUCUUUCUUUCUUUCUUUCCUUUUUGUUUUUAUGCAGAAAAACUCUUGGCGGUUUUAAAAUGCACAGUCAUUCCGGGCGACGGGUUAGUUUAUAUCGUCGUGAACGAAGUCUCCACGAUGUAGUAAAGCAAGCAAAUAUAUUAGUGCAAAAAGGGAGGGGAGGGGACUGGUUGCGCUCAGGCUUCCAAAAUUUAGAGAGAACAAUCACUACUGGAAAAAAAAUGCUGCAAACGUUUGAAUAAUUGAUUUUUGCGCUGCUAAACAUUUUAAUUGUUCAUCCUGGGGCAGAUAGACACAGCUGUGUCCUUGAUCUAUAAGCAGAGAUUAUUUAGUGCUAUAGGCGCCAGGAGUUCUAACUUAAAUUGACUUUUCACCAUAGAAAUGAGCAUAUCUCGAAGACUUGUUGUUUUUAUCAGCUGAUUCACUGGUUAGGAAGAAAUCGAAAAGCACUAUUUUGUAAUAUUUUUGUAUUAUUUAUUCAGAAUUAAAAAUUUUGAGGGAUCAGCGAUCAAGAUUUACCACAAUUCCUAGUUAAGAACCUACCCUGGAGUUUACGGUGCAUGUUAUAGCAAAUAAGUAAACAACCACUAGUAUUCACUGAACAUUGUUAGCUCCUACCAUUAAUUCUGCAGUUAGAUAAUGACUCUAAUAACAAAAUUUAAACAGCCUUGAAUGAAAACUGAUAUCCUGAUAGAAUGACCUUUUAAAGUACCAAACCCGCCUUGUUAGCGGACUAACCUUGCCAUUUGAUUGGAAAAGACUUUCAGCCGUUCAAAAUUUCCUUAUUUUCAGGCGGACUGUGGGGCCUGGUGAACAAUGCAGGAAUUGCGUAUGCGAUGCCGAUCGAUUGGGCGCCGAUGAGUAUAUUCAAACGCACAGCUGAUGUGAAUCUUUGGGGAGUGAUUGAAGUUACCAAAACAUUUCUUCCUCUUAUCAAGAAAGUCCAGGGAAGAGUUGUAAACGUUUCAAGUGUUGGUGGUAAGGACUGAUUUACGCUAUGCCCUGGCGAUGACUAAUCUUCAUGCCGCGUCUAUGGCUAGAUAUUUGGCACGAAUUUCGUGUCUAGAAACUGAAGCGCUUCAAAGAGCCUUCGUCACGAUGCUUUGAAUGAAAUACCCCAAUUUCUAUGUGAUCAUCCUAAUCACGUGAAGUUCUCGGCUCGGAGUAUUGGUUCUCCCUCCUCCCACCCCCUACCCCACUCAUCGAUCCUCCAACUCUGCAGGGAGAGGAGAGACACAGCAUGGACAGUACAUGCAGAUCAACUCUUGUUUACACACCUCUUAACAUUUGCAUCUCACUGGAACACAAAAGCAUAACAGAACAGCCGGUUGUUAUGCGUCUCGUUCUUUGAAGGUCUGAAUUUAUUUGCCACAAUCCUGCAUCUCAAUCCCAAUCAAUAAACGCGCUUCCGGUUACUACAUAUCCUGCCAGUAACUCUUGAGCUCGUGACUUCGUUAUUCAAAGAAAUAGACCACACUUUCUAUGGGUUUAACGGCGUGAUGUCCUAUACGCGGGAUGUUGGGAGAACACGAGAAAAACUUGUAAAUCACGAGCUGAAGGCGAGUGAUUUACAAGCUUUUCAAGUGUUCUCCCAAAAUCCGAAGUAGGUUACCACGCCGGUAAACCCGUAGAAACGGUGUGGUCUACUGCUUUUAUAAAAUAACUUUAAAGCAUGUUUCAGUUUUCUGUGAGUUUACCGGCACAAAAAAAUAGGUUUUUAAGCAAUAAGAACGCGUGUACUAUCUUAGUUAUUUUAUAAAAACAAUUACUGGAUGAGGUUUUUGUAAUAUCCAGAAUAAUCAAGGUCGAGGUAGGGAUUAUCAGCCGAAGUCGAAGGCUUAGUCUGAUAACCGUUACCUGAUAACCCUUUUAUUAUACAUUGAACGAAUUCUUUCUUUCUCGCUUCGACAUGAAAUGUUUUCAAAGUUUGUGCCCACUCUUUCUUUUCCUCAGCUUUUCUCAGUUUUUUCUCUUUCACGUAAUCAGCAAACAGCUCCUUUGCCACCUUCGUCGACCUUUUUGUGUUUUGUGCGGUCCUUGUCUUCAACUAUUUUUUCAAUGUCUUGCUCGGUCAACGAAGCAAACUUGGAAGUCAUGUUUUAGCCUGUGUAGCAGGUGCUUGGAAGUAGUGGGCGCAAGAAAGAACGGGCGCGAGAGGGAGACAGGAGAGGGGUGAGGGAGCGCCUGCCCGGAUGGUCCACGAAAAUCGUUUCAACUCGCAUUCUGAGAGUGCGGAUAUUUCCAAUUGGUCGAGAGGCUCCCGAGGGAAAAAGUAACCGCGCUGGGUGAGAAAACUCUCAAUCAGUAGUACAUGGACAACGUAGUGAAGGUCUUAUAUUACCCCCGCCAGCUCCUGAAACCACUAAAUGGUAUAAUGGAAGUUUAGGUCUGGGAGGUCACUUCAGUCUGGUUUAAUGGGAUCAUGUGGCUUUUAUCUCAAAGAAAUGUGGAGUCUUCAAACGGUACUGAUUCACGAAGGAAAGAAUUGACGUCAGAUACGCAUUAGUGGAAGUGGCGAGAGACAAAAGAUUUGUCGAAUUAUUGCAUUGAAGAUCAGAGGAAUUAUUCUUUACUCAGGAGAAUUUGGCGGAUUGUGUUGUCGAUAGAACGCAUACCAUCAAAACUUGGACAGGAUUGAUGAAAUGAAACACUUACCAGGGGCAUGAAUUUGAAAAACCUUUCGCUACGGUAUUAUUCAUUCGGAGGCGACCUGAGGUCUGUUGUUAUGUCUCGUUACUGCAGCAGAAAACGUCUCUCCCCUCGCUUGUCUCCCUCUCGCGCGCCCUUUUUUUCACGCGCCCACUACUUCCAAGCGCCUCUUACGCAGGCUGGUCAUGUUUUUGAUUCUUCACUGACAGCAAGCAACACAAAGCGUGUGAACUUGACAUGAUUACCCUUGGAAAUCAUGUACCGCGGUCAUACAUGACAUGAUUACCUGUGACCUUGAGUGUCCUUGACACGAGUAUUGUAUAAUCUGCAGCUAGAUGACGUCCUAGGUGCUGAUUUCGAAAAUUCACUGUACACUGUCGGCCAAUCAGAAAAGGGAUAGUGAGUCGAUAAUAAUUUUGCUAAUUAAACCGAUAUUGCCUAGCUCGGUCAUUUUGGCUCAGUAACCUAACACACAAGCAGAGAGGGGAAUCUCUUAUGAAUAAGCUCAGUUAGUCUCCCUCUAAGUUCUCAUUAACCAUUUCGUACUUUUGAUACUUACAGGUCGGAUCUCUCUCUCCUUAUACUCACACUACAGUGUAGCUAAGUAUGGCGUGGAGGCGUUUUCGGAUGUAUUAAGGCGAGAAAUGUAUCCCUGGGGCGUGAAAGUGAGUAUUUUGGAACCGGGUGCAUUUCAUACCAACAUACGCUCCAACCUUGCAAAAAACUUUAAAGACCGCUGGGAAGCCCUUGAUGACCAUGUAAAGGAAGAAUACGGAGAGGAAUACUUGAAUGGAGGUAUAAUA